UUAUCAACUGCACAGGCACAGGCAACCGGUCGGUCAGGCGAACAGCAACUGUCCAGUUCUCUCGCCAAUCUCUCUCCGCACGGGCAACAGAAUAUAUCGCGCGAGAUCGAAAACUCCCCAAAUUAAUAUUGAGGCCGCCGCAGUAUGUGAACAUGACAGAUACAGAUACGCAAGCAAUAACAAGUGACAAGUUCUGCAAUUUCUAAGUAAUAAGAAAGCAAAAAAAUAAACAAGAAAUAACAUACAUAUUGUAGUGGCUACGUCGUUGUGAUUGGAAUUCCGAUUGUGAUUGCGGCAAGCAACAAAUGAAAUAAACAAAUCGAUUGUGCUCAUUCAAAAGGAAAUUGCAGUUUAAGCGUAAUUAGUGCAAAAUGCCAUUGUUGCCCACUAUCGAGGAGGAGGCCAAGCUCUCUUGGGUGCGUCUCAUGUGGCGCUAUCGCCUGCAGUUUCAGUCGAUGACCGCCGCUUCGCUUGUCUUUGUGGGGAGCGGCAUGCGCUUGGCCUGGUCCAUUUUCGAUACACCCGCUGGCAAGUUCCACAACAACGACAGCACUCACAAUCUGAUGAUGAGCUGGUUCAUUGGCGCCGCCUUUGGAGCUCUCCUCGCCGCCGCCUUCGUCCAGCGCGUCACCAAAAACGUGGCCUAUACUUCGAGCGGCUUUCUAUUACUCGUCGCUGGCAUUUUGAACCUGGCGUUUCCGCGGAACUUCGGCGCCGCCUGCUAUAGCAGCGUGAGCGUGGGCGCCGCCUAUGGCUUGACCCAGGUGCAGGCGCUGGUCACCGGCUCGGAGGUGGCACACAAGUCGAUACGUGGCAUGCUGCUCAGCUGCGAACGCAUCUUUCUCUGGCUGGGAGUGUCGAUACAAAUAUUCUACACACGCCUCUGGUACGCCUUGGAGCCCAUCGAACGGGGUCACACAAUGCACAUCGAUCAGCUGCAUGGCAUACUGCUGGCAGCCUUAGGUCUGGCGGCUGUUGUCAUGAGCCUGGCCCAUCGACUGGAGUCGCCGCUGUUGCUGCUGCGCCAGGAGCGAGACAUGGCGCUGGGCGAUACGUUGAAGCAGCUGCAUGGCCAGUCGCAAUCGGGCACAGAGUUGCUGCGACUGCGGGAGGAUUGCCGCCAGCUGCACAAUGCACGCGACUGGGAACAGUUUGCAGAGGCGCCAGAGGACUCGCCGCGUUGGCAUCGCUGGGGGAGACGGACGCUGCCGCUGCUUAAGGUGCUGUUCCUGCGCUGCUUUGCGGCUUUGGCGCUUUCGUUGCCCUACAAUCGCGCCUUUCUCGCGGUCAGCUGGCAUGGGCUGGAGUGCGACAUGAAUUGUCUCUACUGGCUGGCAUUCUGUGGUCUGCUGGGCAGCCUGGGCGGUGCUCUGCUGGUGGACUGGCAGGGAAGGCGUAAGUUGUGCUCGUUGUCGCUGUUUGUGGCGGGCAUUCUCAUUGUCAUGGUUGGCGGCGUGUUUGAGCACUUGGAGACCGCGAAGAAGACCUACUACGACAUCAAUCUGCAGGCCAUUGCCCUGCUGAUGCUGCUCUUCGAGAUAAUUGUCGCCGGCGGUGUCGCGGUGCCCGCUCUCGUCUACACUGGGGAGGCAUUCAGCGUGGCCCACAAGGCGCGGUGUCUGGCCGGCGUCCUCAUCUGCGAGCAGGCCUUGCAUCUGGGUCUCAUGGUGGCUGCAUUCGAGCACAAUUUGAGGGAUUCGGUGUUCUUCUUUACCUUUGGUGGCCUGAGCUUUGUCUUCGGAUUGCUCGUGUUCACGCUGAUGCCAGAGACGCGGCAGCUGACGCUCUACGAGUGUCUGCUAAAGUUUAAGAAAGUACCUUAGACUUGUUCCUCCUCAUCCUCAUCCUCAUCACAGGUACCUAUCAUAUAUUGUUAGCUAAUCCUAUCCCUAUGCUAAGUUGUAUGCAUUUAUCUCUAGUAGCAAUUUAUUGUGACUAUCCAUUUCAAAACUAUUGUGCAUGAAUAGAAUUAUUUCUUAUAUUGAGACAUGACUGUAGUAUUACAUUUUCAAAUACAUUUCCAACUUUUCCUCACUCUGAAAAGCACCAGCCAGCUUUUUUGAGUCACCAAUGGGUUAAGGGUUGUUUUCGACGGUAAAAGUUCAUCAAGUUCUUAAGCUUGCGAAGCUUUGUGCAAAGCUUCUUGCUAUAAUCGUCUGAAUAACUGUAACCAGUAUUUCAAUUCCAGAGCUUUCGCUGGAAAGUUGAUGAAAAUUAACCCAUAUUCGCUUUGUAAACAAUAUUUUUUUUUUCCUCAACCGGCUUUGGAGUAGCUUUUCGCUCAUUCAUCGAGUUGUACAACUUAUUGGGAUUGGCAUUGCCCUCUAAUGUGGCAUAUUGUAAACUUAAGCAGGAUUUCAUAAAGAGAGCAAACACAACCGGAGAGAACAAACAUCGAGAAGAGAGUCCAAGAGAGAGAAGAGUUUCGACUUGGGUUGGGAUGGCAAAAACAGAAAUCAAGUUGAUGAAUAUGGCGUGUGAUGAGUCUGAAUGGCACUCGAAGCAAUGCCCCUAAAAACAGUUGCCGUUGCAGGAUAACGCGUAUGCUUACAGCCAAAGGCGAAAGGCGAAAGGCAACGGGAAAGACAAGUGAAACAACUCCCCGGACAGCUCACUCGAGUGCUCUGCCAUCUAAUGAUGUGGAAAAUUUG